AAGCCUCUUCAUCUCUGAAAUGAAAAGGGAAAUUGCUGGUACCAAAAUUCACGUUUCCUUUUCGGUAAAAUCCUCCAGCCACGCUUGGCGCUACGCUACCCGAGUAGGCGAUUUCACUUCAUCACCACUUCACAAAAGACUUCCAAAUUCACUGCGGCAGACACGGCAAAAUAAAAAUGUUAAAUACAUCCUGGCCGCGAGGGGACUGAAGCCUCCAGGCUCCAUCAAAGGUUCGCAAUAAUAGGAUUCAUAAAAAAAAAAAAAAAAAAAGACAGAUGGGAUUAGAAAAUGUUGCAGUGAAGACUCUGGAAUGAGAUGAGAUCACAGCACCAGCCUGUCUUUUGUGGACCGGCACAAUGAUCCCCGAGCCAGACUGGAUUAGGAAACCUCGCGACUAGGGGUUCAGAGAGAGGCCUCCGGUUCCCAGGCACUUUUGGGGAGAGAAGGCUGAAACGAUGCAUCAGAUUUACAGCUGCAGUGAUGAAAAUAUAGAAGUUUUCACCACCGUGAUUCCUUCCAAGGUGUCCAGUCCAGCCAGAAGAAGAGUCAAGAGCUCUCAACAUCUCUUAACCAAGAAUGUGGUGAUCGAGUCCGACCUCUACGCGUCCCGGCCCCUGGAGCUGCUGCAGCACCGCAGCGACCACCACGACGGCGAGGGCCGCAGGUCGGGCCGCUUCCAGAACGCGCGGCCGCAGGGCGCCCACCCCGCCAAGACCCCCGCCAGGCCUGUGGGGAUUUCUGAACCCAAAUCAGCAAAUCUGUGUGGGAAUCGAGCAUAUAGCAAAGCUUUGAUGCCUCCGGUGGCCCGGAUCUCGGUGAAAGCUCCCGCCGUCCUGGAGGCGGCAGCUCCGGGCUCGGAGAACGGAGCCGUUCUGACCAGAGGAUCCAGGCACCUCAAGAAGAUGACUGAAGAGUAUCCUACCCUCCCUCAGGGAGCAGAAGCCUCCCUACCGCUGACAGGAAGUGCCUCCUGUGGCGUCCCCAGCAUCCUCCGGAAAAUGUGGACCAGGCACAAGAAGAAGUCUGAAUACAUGGGAGCUACCAACAGCGCCUUUGAGGCUGACUAAAGGUGACCCUCCCCAGGUGCCCUGCGCUGGCCCGAGUUCACUGCACAAGGGGAGGAAACUUCCAGAUCGGAACUGAGCGACGUUCACCUCUGCUACUAGCUGGUCCACGCACAUCACCCUCCAGUACUAACUAAUCGCCCUGGCUCAGGAAACGGGAAAGGAACCUCCCUCGAAGGCAAAAGAAAACUGUUCCUUCUUAGAAUCGAUAAAGCCAUUGGUCUGAAAGUGACUUCGGGAGGUCAAGUUUAUAUCCCUAUGUUCAAGCAAAAUGGCACCAAAAUCAAACUUUCCCAACCCAUUUUAAAGACCUCCAAGGAAGGAAGCAGGCAAUUCCUCAGUCUUCCUUGUGAGUCGUUCUAAUUUCCAGUAUAAAUGUAAGAAUUUGAUGUUUCAGGCACUUGUAAGCACAAUGGUUCUCACUGUUCCUGUCACCAUAUUUAUUUCAUCUUGAUGAGGUAGGAUUUUUAGUGACAAAGCGCUAUAUAUAUUUACUUAGUAGUUCUAAUAUUCAUUUGAGAGUAUCGUCAAGAUCAGUUCUGAUGAUCAUUUGGCAUGAUUGCAUGAAUUCUCUAUUCUUUUACAUGUGAUUUUUCUAUAGGAAAACAUGAUUUAAAUUUUUGAAUGCUAAUAUUUUCUGAAAUGACACAGUCUAGUGGAAUUAAUAAUACCUUGCUUGGGUAUAAUUAUUUUAACUUUUGAAAAUGCUCCCCCAUCCAUUACCUCUUAUAUUCACAAAAUUCCUGUUAAAGCACAAUUAUUCCCAAUCUACAGAUGGGGAAGCUAAGGGCCUUAAGAGGUUAUGUGACUAGAUACCAGAUCGUGGAACUAGACACCAGGUCCUCAGCUUCUGUACCAGACUCCUUGCUUUGCCUACUCUAGUAACUGAUUUGAGGAUGGUUUUGAGGGGUAGGAAUAUGUCUCUGGGGGCAAUAUUUGAAGGAAACGAUUUGACAAAGUUAGAGAAAGUACAUGAUAUAAAUGAUAUAAACCAUUCAUAUGGUUUCAUAAUAUAUCAUAUUAUGCUUUCCUUCUUUUAAUGGAAAUGUCAUCAUCAAUUCUAUCAUCAACAUCAGUAGCCUCAAAAUGAUAACAUGAUAAUGAUAGUUACCAUUUAUUAAAUGCUUACUAUGUGCCAGGUGUGAUAGUGAGCACUUUACAUACCUUAUCCCGAUCUUUCUGCCAACUCUGAGUUAGGUGGCCUUCCCCAUUUAAUAGACAUGGCUUUAAAGUAGUUAAAUGAUUAGUCUGAAGGCACCUAACCCAUAUGGGUGUCAGGCUCCAAUGCCUGUGUUAUAUCUACUCCUUCACACAAGAAUAUUCAGAACAUAGAGAAGAACCAAGGCUAGUAAAUAAUUUUCAUAUCAAAUGCUAAACAUAAUUGAUUGGCACAGGCUGCCUAGAGUGCUGUGUGGAGCUAGAAUCUGAGAUAAAGGAGUGCAGUGAUCAAUUGGUAAUGCCUGCCUGUGGAGCAGAUUAGUGGGAUGUGCUUCGUAUAUUUGUCAUCUGUGGCCUCAACUCUGCCCCCAGAAGGCUUGUUUUCUAAUUCAGAAGCUUAAAUUAAUCCAACCCACUUAACAAAACCAGCGACUCCAUGGUGAAUUUCAGUCUAAGACCAGGUUGGAAAUUGCCAUUUUUUGGUUACAAGGAAGACCUGGGCCACAUCACUGGUCUCAGACACAACUGUUAUUCACAUGCUGCUGCUCCGUGACCACAUGUUGCUUUUUGAUCUCUAAAUUACCUGCUUCCACAUCUCCAGGUGAAAUGUAAGAAGGCAUGGGGGAUAAGAGGCCUGGGCUUCUGGGCUUUCACCUUGCUGACCUCUGCUCUUCAACCAUUGUUUUAGACUCCGAACACCCAGUCUUCCCAUCAGAACAUGACUUGGAGAUUUGGGCAUCAAGUGCUCUUUCAAUGAAGUUCCCAAUGGACUGUGUAAUAGUCUUACAGUGUAUGGGUGAAGGGACCCAGAACAAAGGUAGGGAGAAAACAGGUAGUUUACACUGGACCUAUCGGAGUAUCCUAUGACUAUUUAUUUUAACUUAUUUACUUUAUAACUGAUGUCCUCUAUUUGUAUGUGGCAGCUGGAGAUCUACGUAGGCUGGAACUUACUUAUUUUUCAUUUAAAAAUUUCAUGAUGAAGUGUUUGCCUUGUAUAGAACAUUUUCAUUGGCCAGUUCAAAUAAAAAUAAAGUCUGCUUUGUUUGUGACAUUAAUAAAU